AACCAAAGACCAAACUCAUCGUCAUCCUCUCUAUAAGUCAUCAUAUCAUGUUGUUUCUUCAUCAAGCUUCUCUCUAUAUUUCUCUUAUCACCUUUCAUCUAUCACUUCUCAACUGUGUCAAUCUAAACUCAGCUUUGGAUUCAUCAAACACUGGUUUGUGCACUCCUUACCCAUGUAACCAACCGCCUCAACCGCCUUCCUCUACAGGCUACUCUCCAUACGGUAAUCCUCCUCCACCGCCAUCACAGCCUUCAUCACCGUCGCCUUCACAACCACCUCCAUCGUCACGUUCUCACUGCCCUCCUGUUCCAGCGUCAGGCUGUUGCAACCAACCACCACCUUCCACGACGACGUACUCUCCUCCCUAUCCUUACUUUUAUACUCCACCUUAUCCUUACGGUACUAUAGGCGGAGGAGAAAACGGUGGCGGUCAAGGAGGAGGAGGAGGAUCAGGAUCAGGUGGCGGCCAAGGAACCGGAGCUGCAGUGUCUUACUAUUCCUCUUCCGUGCCUGUUUAUGUUUUGAUGUUUGUGUUAUCCUUUGCUUUUGUUGUCCUUUAGGGCCGAGCUGAGCAUGCAUAGAUAGAUUUUGGAAAAAUACAUUAUCAAAGCCACCUUCCUUUUUCUGUUA